UGUCUUUCACACAUGCAAGGACUAUAUAUAUAUAUAUCUUGAAGGAAACCUCUGUCCAAGAUAUCUUCAACUCCAUAAGUCUUAGCGACUCUGCAACUUCUGAUGGCUUCUCGCCGGGAAAGGAGAAGGAAUGAAAGUAGAGGUACUAAUAGUUUUACAGAUCCGAGGAGAUCUAGGUUGUCGCCUGAGUUGAAUAGAAGUACAAGUAUUGGGCCGAGGCAAUAUUCAUAUCAACAACUGGCAAAGGCCACCAAUUAUUUCUCUAGUAACAGUCUUCUUGGCGAGGGUGGCUUUGGACAAGUUUACAUGGGAUCAGUAGAUGGUCAAUCCCUUGCUAUUAAAAAACUCAAAAAUCAUCGAGAUUUACAGUCUCAAGGAAAACUGCAGGAUGAGAUUAUACUUGUUAGCAGCGUCCGUCACAAAAAUCUUGUUGAACUAGUUGGUUACUGCGUUGAAGGGGCCGAUAAAUUGCUUGUUUUAAAAUAUUUUCCUAAUAAGUCCUUGGGUUCUCAAUUACAUGAAAGCGAAGAGGAUUUAGACUGGGAGACGAGGAUGGAUAUAGCGAAAGGCUCCGCAAGAGGACUGGAAUAUUUACAUGAACACUGUGAUCCUCCCGUUAUACAUUUAGAUAUCAAAUCAGAUAAUAUCCUUCUUGAUGAUGAUUUUAAACCAAAGGUGGCUGAUUUUGGACUUGCACGUUUUUAUUCGGAGGCUGCUACUCACAUCUUUGAAUCAGCAAUUAUGGGAACUAAAGCCUAUAUAGAUCCAUAUGCAAUAAAAACUGGACAGUACUCUGUAAAAUCAGAUGUUUACUCAUUUGGCGUUAUGCUUUUGGAAUUAAUUACCGGAAGAAGACCCAUAGAAGACGACGGCUUUGAUUUUGUUGAAUGGGCAAAAUUUGAAAUUAAGAGUGCUUUGCGGGAUGAAGAAUUUAAAGAUUUUGUAGAUUCUACAUUGCAAAUGUUUGACCAUGGAGAAAUGUAUCGAAUGUUGUUCUGCAUUGAUGUUUGUAUAAAUAACCGUCCAAAGUUUCGUCCAUCAAUGAAGAAGAUACUUCUAGCUCUUGAAGGAAUUUUGCCUCUAGAUGAAUUAUGCAAUGAGAAGGGUGAUAACAAAUUGCCACGGUACCCUACUUUAUAUAAAGAUCCAUCUCCUAUGAAAGCUAAUAAUGGUACUAAAAUGUGGAGAUCUACUGAUGAAGCUUCAUCUAGUGAGAGAUUUCAAGUUAGAAAUCGGAGUACAUCUAAUAAAAUGUGGAGAUCUGCUGAUGAAGCUUUAAUGAGAAGAUCUACUGGAGCAACUAAUCGUUUAGCUGAAGGUAUUAAACGUCUUGAUCUGUCUGACGAUGAUGAGGAAGAAGAAAAUGAAGAAGAAGAUGAUGAUGAAGAAGCGGUUUCAGAUGAAGAGGAGGAAGAAGAAUUUGAAGAGAAUGAGGACGUUGACAAUGACCUUAGUCAUAAGUCAAAAAUGGCUGAAGGAGGAGAGGUGAUUGCCUGCCACACCGUUCGGGCAUGGACCGAGCAGCUGGAGAAGGCACAGAAGGGAAAACAACUGACUGUGGUGGAUUUCAGUGCUGCCUGGUGCCCGCCUUCUCGUUACAUGAGUUCAGUUCUGGCAAAGAUGGCCAAGGAGAUGCCCAAUGUCACAUUCUUGGUGGUGGAUGUUGAUGAAUUAACUUCUGUUUCUAAGGAAUGGAAAAUUGAGGCAAUGCCAACUUUUUUGUUCUUCAAACAAGGAAAAGUAGUUGACAAGAUUGUGGGUGCCAAUACUGAGGAACUGCAGUCGACCAUUGCAAAGCAUGCUGUCGACGACACUCCAACGAUAUUUACUUAUCAACAAAUUGAAUGGGCAACUCGAGGUUUCUCCAAAUUUCUCGGUGAGGGUGGUCUGGGUUCAGUUUUUAAGGGAUUCCUGGAUGGCAAAGACGUUGCUGUAAGGAAACUUAAAGAUCUUUCAGAUGAAGAGGAACAAGAAGAACUUGAGCAGAGUAUUAAGACCAUUGGCAGUGUGAGUCACCCAAAUCUUGUUCAGCAGUUUGGGCACUGCAUUGAAGGAUCCAAUAUAUAUCUCGUUCUAGAGUUUUUUCCCAGUAACUCCUUAAGAUCUCUUUUAAAUGGAAAGAAGUGGCUGGCAUGGUCAGAAAGAAUGGAAAUCGCUAUAGAUUCUGCAAAAGCAUUGGAAUAUCUCCAUGAUGAUUGUAAUAUCAUACAUGGAUAUAUCAUGACAAAUAAUAUUCUCAUCGAUGAUAAUUUCCAGUCAAAGGUUGCAAAUUUUGGACUUAUAAUGUAUUAUAGAUAUGAGAGAACUGAUGUAUAUGCAGAUCCUGAAGAUAAUGAAAGUAUUUCUAAAGAAUCUGAUAUUUAUGCUUUUGGUGUUGUACUUUUGGAACUGGUUACUAGCAAAAAUAACAAUGACAUUGAUAUUGUUAAUUGGGCAAGCACUCUAAUAAAACGAGUUUUAAACGGAGAAUCUGGAGUUCUUAUUGAUUCUAAUUUGAGAGGUGAUUAUAAUAAAAAAGAAGUACAACGGAUGAUUUAUUGUGCUGCAGCGUGUUUAUUUAAACCUCCAGAAUAUCGUCCACCAAUGAAAAAGAUAGUUGGAGUUCUUGAAGAAAGUAUUCCUCUGAAGAACAUAUGGAAUGAGAAUGACAAUCAAUUCCUACCUGGAAAAGGAGGCCGCUCAUUGAAGAGGAGAUCAAAGAAAACAGCUCCACUUUACCGGGUGAUAUUGCAUGAUGAGGACUACCAUACUGUGGACUAUGUUAUAGAAGUACUGAUGAAGUGUAUACCUGGAAUGACACUUGCAAAUGCAGAUAACAUAACGAGAGAUGCGCAUUACAAGGGCUUGUCAGAGGUGAUUGUUUGUGCUCAGGCUGAUGCUGAAGACUAUUGCAUGCAGCUGAAGGGUACUGGGCUUGGGAGUACAAUAGAACCUGUGAGUGGUGGGCGCUGAAGACGGACAACUUAUACGAGAAUCUCCUCAUGGUUCCUAGUAAAAUAUCUUCAUCAGAGUAUUGGAUAGUGUAUGUGUGUUGGCAAUGUCAGUGUUUGUAUGAAUCUUCUCACCCAUGUGCAAACGCGAAUAAAGGUAUACUAGGUGGUCAUUUUUUAAUAAAAGAAAACUGAUGGCCUUCAUAGCUAUUUACAUAAAAAAGAAGCAACCUUGAUAACCGUUAAAAGAAAUUUACCUGCUCUUU